AUGAUGGGCAUGAACGCCAAGCAGCCGUUCGGCAUGCCCGCUGCGGCUCUGCAGGAAGCCAAAUAUGCCAGCCUCCACCACCCCGGCUCGGAGGCCAUGCGCCGCGUGUGCCUCCCGGCCCCGCAGCUCCAGGGCAAUAUAUUUGGAAGCUUUGAUGAGAGUCUGCUGGCCCGGGCUGAGGCUUUGGUGGCGGUGGACCUGGCCUCCCACGGCAAGAGCCACCAUCCCUUCAAGCCCGACGCCACCUACCACACCAUGAGCAGCGUCCCCUGCACCUCGACCUCCUCGCCCACCACCGUGCCCACCAUCGCGUCGGACCCGCGGGAGCUGGAGGCCUUCGCCGAGCGCUUCAAGCAGCGCCGGAUCAAGCUGGGGGUGACGCAGGCCGACGUGGGCGCGGCGCUGGCCGACCUCAAGCUGCCCGGGGUGGGCUCGCUCAGCCAGAGCACCAUCUGCCGCUUCGAGUCGCUCACCCUCUCGCACAACAACAUGAUCGCCCUCAAGCCGGUGCUGCAGGCCUGGCUGGAGGACGCCGAGGCCGCCGCCCGCGACCGGAGCGCCAAGCCCGAGCUGUUCGGCGGCGCCGAGCGCAAGCGCAAGCGCACCUCCAUCGCCGCGCCCGAGAAGCGCUCGCUCGAGGCGUACUUCGCCGUCCAGCCGCGGCCCUCCUCCGAGAAGAUCGCCGCCAUCGCCGAGAAGCUCGACCUCAAGAAGAACGUGGUGCGCGUCUGGUUCUGCAACCAGCGCCAGAAGCAGAAGCGCAUGAAGUACGCCGCCGGCCACUGA